CUCUUGUCUCAAACCCAACACUUCAUCUUCCCUACAAGCCAUUUGAACCCACUCACACAAUACCCAUUAGAUCAUGGAUAUGGCUUUGUUCUUGUCAAGCCACAGUUCCCCAAACUCCUUGCCAAAUUCAGCAUACCUACCAAAUGCAACAACACCAGCCAUCUCAAGAAGAAGCAAUGGCUUAUCUGCUCUAACUUUGGUGCCUUCCUCCAAGCCCAGCCCCCAUGUUUCCUUUGGUCUUUCUCAAACCACCCCAAAGCUGUAUUCAAGGCAAGGGAAUAUCUCCCCUAAAAAUGACAGUUUUAAGUUAUAUGCACAAGAUCGAAGGAGCAUAGGAGGAAGUGAGGAUGAACCCAAAGCAUUAGAUACAGUUAUGAAACUAUAUACUGCCCUUAAAAAUAGGAAUUCUAAGGGAGUAUCAGAUAUCAUAGCUGAAGAAUGUAAAUGCAUGUGCAAUUUCAUCUCCUUGAGCCCUUUACAAGGGAAGAAGCAAGUUGUACAAUUCUUAUCUACCUUAAUGGGAACAAUGGGGAAGUCCAUGCACUUCAUAAUUGAGCCAACAUUUCAUGAAGGACUUGUAGUUGGAGUUCAAUGGAACUUACAGUGGAAGGGCUAUCCCAUGCCUCUAGGAAAGGGUUAUGCAAUCUAUACAAUCCAAAAGUAUGAAGGCAGAGUGCUAAUAAGCAAUAUGCAAAUGUCAAUGGAACCACUCCUCAAAUCCGAUCUCCUUCGACUGAGGUUGAUAAAGUUUAUGGCACCAAUUCUAGAUAGAUUGCCAUUCCAUGAUACCAAAAAGCCUGAAUGAUCAUGCAUCUCUUCUUAAGCCUCAAUGUCAAGCCAUUUGUGAUUCAACUUUAUCUGCUAUUAUAUCUGUGCAUUAAUAUGGAUUUGUCGUA